AUGGCACCUGAGGUUCAUAGCUUCACAUUGGUUGUCUGCCCCACUGAAACACAUUCUACAACCACCCAUUCCUUCAUAGAAGAUAAGCUGCAACGACUUUUCCUCCAAGUUGGUUUUUGGUUUCUUUUUCUUCAAUCAACCCUCACUUAUUAUGUGCAGAAAAAAGGAAAAUGCCAGCAGCAAUUGCAGCAGGAGAACCCCACAUCCAUGAGCUUAAACGAUGUCUCAAUGGAAUGCAACAAGAGCUUUGUAAAUGCCCUGCAGGAACUGAAGAGCUUGAGACCUCAGCUCUACUCUGCUGCUGAGUACUGUGAGAAGUCUUAUGUUCAUAAUGAAGAAAAGCAAUUAGUACUGGAUAAUCUAAAGGAUUAUGUGGUCCGAGCCCUUGUGAAUAGUGUGGAUCAUCUUGGUACAGUUGCAAACAAAUUUACAGACCUCUAUGAACAACAGAGGGUUGAUGCCUUGACUUUGGAACUAAAUGUCUCAUGUCUAAAUCAGAGAAUCCUUACUUGCCAAACAUACACAGAUGUCGAAGGUUUGCGAAAGCAGCAAACGUUGUCAUCCAUCAUAAGACAUCAGAAACAUUAUAUUCUGCCUGAAACUUUAAGCAAAAAGGCACAGAAAAGUCCAAACCAACAAACAAAUGCUGCACAAACUGGAGCACCAACACAGAGCACUGGAGAUCCUGAUGCUCAUUUGCCGGCUUCUGAGGACUAUCGGCUUCCAGCAGAUAGAGAAAAAGCUGCCUCAGCCUCACAAUCAUCAAUAAGAAGUUAUCCUAAGUCAGCUACCUUAAUUCCUCGAUCAAAUGUGGUUUCACAAAGAUUUGAUGUUAAAAAUCCUCCAGGGGUUCUGAAACCUUUGACGCCAUUUAGAUCCUUUGACAAGUCCAGAGGCUUUGAGCUUCACCGUCGCCCACUGCAUAGCAAGAGCAUGCUUGUAUCUCUCUUCAGCAAAACCAAAUCCUCCAAACAAAAGAAACUUAAGUGACCCAAUGUAAUCUCAUACUUAUGUUGUUGUUUGUAUUAGCUGGAGUAUUAUAGCUGAAAUUGUGAGUUGUAACCAAAGUUCUUCCUAGUUUGAUGCCGUUAAUAACAUGAAUUUUGGUAA